AGUGGAAAAAACUUUCAUUAUUUAUGUUUUCUCAUUUGUGAUUAACUGAUACGUGCGGAGGAGAGUGAUUCGGGAUAACUCCGAGGGCUGAGAAGGCCCCAAGCCAUGAUCGGACGGCUGGGAGGGCUUGUUUGCCUCGGGUUUUUGCUAGGAAGGAACGAAGGAAUAUGUGGAACAUGGGCUUGGCGUACAAGGAAUUGCGUCCGUGUUCAAGUAAUUACCUCCACAAAGAAUUUCACUUCAACUUUUCUUUUGACUCGUUAAAAGGUUUUUGCGACGCCAAGAAAUUGUCUGUCAAUACCCAAGAUUCGAGACGCCUUUUUUAUUAGCUUUUUGUGUUGCAGAAUUUGUAUCAGAUUGGGAAUUGAGCAGAGGCCUCCGUGGGGCUUGUUCUUGCCAAUUUAAUUCAAUACUUUUGGGCAGGCAUUGGGUGGAAUUUGUGGGGGCAGCUUUUGAUUCAUGGGCCUUGGAAGAGGGGAAAUUUGGUUAUUUGGUGGAAAUUUUGUAGGCCUGGUAGAAGUAGAAGGUGUUUGGUAAAGAAAGAAUCUUGAACAGAUUUGUUGGCGUUUUGUCAUUUGGGAACUGUAAUUUUUUUUCUUCUUCAGAAGCAUAAGUGGGGAAAGUAAAUCCGGAGGAAAAUUUAUGUUGGGUAUUUGAAAUUUCUUUGUUAGCCUGAAGAAAGACUCAAGCUUUUGUUUGGUUCAGUUAGCAUACGGUGCAUUUUUUAAUUCUGAUUGGUUCUUCUGUUGAGGAUUGUGUGUUUUGAAUUUGGCUUUCACCCUGCAAAAAUUAGUUGUGGCUUGAAUCACAAUGGCAUUGGCAUUCACCAAUCUCCCAAAUUGGCUCUGGGGCCAAAAGAAGCAGGAGACUACAAUGGCCUCCUCCUCCUCUUCUUCUUCAGCUUCAUCUUCUGUGCCAUCAUCCCCCUUUGGAAUGGGUGAGAUGGUGAAGUUUCCGGCAAUGAGGGAGGCUCGAGGGCCCCCAAGAAGAGGAAGAAGGAAAUUUCAGAAGCGGAGCGAGAGGAGAAGGGAGAGGGAAUAUGAUGUGGUGGUGGUGCCAUCUGAUGGGGGGUGCAUUUCAGGGUCGGAGUCAGAUGACUCAGAUUGGUCCAUUGGAUGGUUUGAGCCUCAUGGGCCUGACUUCUCCAGUGAAAAUGAAUCAGAGAACAGUUUUGCAGUUUUGGUGCGUUGCUAUGGUCUACCUCCUUCAGAAUCCAUGCCUUUGCCUUCUGGUGUAGACACUCCCGAAACUCAACUCUUGGAAGCAAUCAUCUCCAACCUCUCGAAUGGCUACUCUGAUGACAGUAAAAGAUACAUGGACGAAUGGUUGUCAUCUCAGCAUGAAUAUUGAACAUGAGUUUAUGAUAAAAAAACCAGCACACCCUGAAAUUUGGUAGCAGAUGUAUAUAUUGGAAGGCAUGUAUUUGUUGUAUGCUCUUGAGCUUACUUGCACCGUAUGAAUGCCUUCUAUUAAUUUAAUGAAUAUGAAGGACUUGGUUGCAUUCCUACAUUUCCUAUAUGUACAGAACAAAUGUAGAUGUGGCAAUGGCAUUUGCAGUAUGAGGUACAGAAGUAGUAAUACAGAGAUGGGUUAAGCGGAUCAGGAAUGAUAGAAGCUACUUUCUGCCACAUGAAUAUAUAUACAAGUUUGACGCCUACUUAAUAUUUUGACUAACUGUGUUCAUAGCAGCUCAAUCAGUGGCUAUGUUGUUACUGCAAACAAGCUUCAAGGACGUUUUGUGUCUAAAGUGGAUUUGUGACUCUUAUCCAGUUCUUGAAGGCAGGAUUCAACAGCAUCUGACCAGAGUUGUGCUUUUUUAACCGAUUCUUGAGAGCAGGAUUUUGCUAGCAUAUGACAAUUAAUUCACAAAGAGACUAUCUGGGAGGACAUAUGAUUGAGCCCUCAUUUUCAAUUAAGAUGAGGGAGUAUUAAGAGCCAAUUUUGGCUUUCCUCCCAUCUGGGAGAUCAUAUGGGUGAAUCUUAUUAGUAGCUAUUAUUUUGUAAAUUUGUAAAUAUGAUGUAUAUUAUCAAUGUGGGCAUCCUAGUGUGUGUUGGGUGUGCACUGAUACUUAGCAUUCAUAAAGAAAAUUGGAAAAAAAGAGGAAAAAGAGGGA